ACAGAUGCAACAGUUUUUGGAGUUACAAACUUGGAGUUGCCUUCGGUAGUUUCAAAUCUGUCUGUUGUUAAGGUGCACAUCGAUGUUGAUCUUAAUAUAGUAUCAGGACACAGCAAUGGACUGGAAAUUGAUGUUGACGUUCCAUUACAUGCACGUUAUUCGCAUCCAACUCAAACCAAUUGGCAAUGAGGAGAGAGGCCGCUCAGGCCUCAUAUACUAGUUUUUGAGAUGAUAAUUAAUCCAUUGGCAACGGGGACACACGAGGGACGCGGUGGGGACAUGGGUGGAACACGUAUGGGGACACGGCAGGGGUUAAAUAUGCAAUCUUUUAAAAUUUAUCUUUUAGGAGAACAUGUAUUUGCAACAGUUGAAUUCAGCAGAGCUGACCUAUUCCUACGCUGCAACAUUGACGAGAAAUCCCAUGAUGACAGUUGUUUAUUUAUGGUGACGGGUAGUAGUGAUGAAUCCCAAAGUGUUGUGUGGGAAAUUCCUUGUGGAAUUACGGAACACUCUGGAGUUGUCUCUAUUGUUGCCUUUGUUUCAGUUGUUGUAGCAGCUUUCCUAAUUGUCUUGACAUCGAUUUAUUAUCCACAUAAUCAGAAAUCACAGUGAUCUGAAACAAUCUAUACUAAUACCCAUUUUUAUGGAAAUUCUCACGUGCCGGAGCCUGAGCCUGAGCCAGAACUGGUGUUGGAGCUCUGCUGCUUGUCCAAUUGAUGUAUCAGCCAUUUACUUUGUCUUGAUUUCAGUUAUUCAGAUAUCAUGGCCGC